GCGCAAGUUCCCCGGCUUCGAGUUCGCAGACGCCGUCCCGCCCUCCGCCCGUGCAGCGGACAGGUCGUGCAUCUUCGAGGACGCGGCCGGUGCAGCUGGCUCGAAGAGCUUCUCCCUCAACGACGUCGGGUCUGUCUACGAGUGCCAGGCCCAGUGUGUCCGGUGGGCCCCCUGCGUGGCCGUGGAGUACGACGGAUCCCGCAAGCGCUGCCAGCUUUCGCCACGCCGGGCGUCCUCGACAAAGCCG